UACCCCGCCCACCGGCGCCGCGGCCGAGGCCUGAGCAGCGCCCGCGCCAGAGCCUGCGCACUGUGGCCGCAGCGCUAGCUGCUCCUCCGGGCCCGUCUGCUCGGAAGAUGGCGGAGCGUGCCGGCGCUGGCGGUAGCACAUCCCUGAGGGGGCUGAGGGAACGCAUGGUUGCUGCCGCUCAGGCCAUUGCUAAAGAAAGACGGAAUCAGAGUGCCUCCAGCUCUCUUCCAUCCCAAUCCUCAAGUACAAGAUCAGCAUUUAAACCAGUAAUAGAUGGAUCUGUGCUUAAAAAUGACAUAAAACAAAAAUUAGCAAAGGAGCGCAGGGAAGAAAUGAGACGACAACAAGAUGCUAAUAAAGAAAUACAGCUACUUGAAAAAGAAAGAAAGGCCAAGAUCCAGUAUGAAAAACAGAUGGAAGAAAAACAACGAAAGCUCCGAGAACAAAAAGAAAAAGAUGAACAGAGGAGAAUAUCUGCAGAAGAAAAAAGAAAACAAAAAUUACGGGAAGAAAAGGAAAGAUUCAAAGCUGUUCUCUGUCGUACUUUGGAGCGGAGUAACACUGUUGAUCAACGCCAAAAAAGAUGGUCUUGGGAAGGCUCGAUGACAGUGAACUCCGAAAGUAAAACUGUUAAGAAACGAUCUGUAUCUACUGAAAAACUCGAACAGGAGACUUCUGGUUUACACAAACAAACAACUAUGUCAUCUGCAGGUCUUCAGAAUUCUGUUGCCAAAAAAAAAACAGAAAAGAGGAUAAACUCACCUUUGAAUAGAAGAAAUAGCAAACAGCAUUCACCUACGGAAACAGAACCAGUGGGAAGAGAAUCAGUUCAGCACCUGUGCACCGAUCUUUGGGAGAAUGAUUUAAUCAUGCGCCUGAUCGCCCCAACAAAAGCAUCAAUAGCCAGGAGCAAAAGUGCUGCCUCAUUGUCAGUCCCUGGAAAAGUAUCUCCUGCAGGCAUCCACAACCCUAUAAUACGGUAUAUAAACAUGCCCUUGCUUAGCCGUAAUGGUGAUGAAUUGAAGAAUACCCCAGUGCCUCGCAAGUCAACAGUAGCAAUGCCUCCCCAGGAGAAAGUAGAAACACCCCUCAAGGUGAGCCUGGAAGCAUCCCCUGGGCCAAGCGUGGAAGGGCCCCCCAGGCCGAGCGUGGAAGGGCUCCCUGGGCCAAGUGUGGAAGGGCCCCCUGGGCCGAGCGUGGAAGGCCCCCCCAGGCUGAGCGUGGAAGGGCUCCCUGGGCCAAGUGUGGAAGGGCCCCCCGGGCCGAGCGUGGAAGGGCUCCCUGGGCCAAGCAUGGAAGCAGCCCCUGAGGUGAGCGUGGAAGCACCCCCCAAGGUAAACGUCGAAGCAGCCUCUGGGCUGAGCGAGGAAACGCUCCCUGAGAGUGUGGAAGCAUCACCUGAGGGGAGCGAUGAUGUGUCCCUCGUGAGUGUGGAUCCAUCCCCCGAGGUGAGCACGGACUCGUCUCUCGACUCAAGCGUGGACCCAACCCCUGAGGUGAGCACGGACUCAUCCGCCGAGGUGGGCAUGGAAGUGUCAUCAUCUGAGGCAAAUGUGGACGCGUUCCAUGAGCCUAGCAUGGAAGCGUUUUAUGAGGCGAGCAUGGAAACAAUCCCUGAGGAGAGCACAGAAGUUUCCCCUAAGGAGAGUGUGGAAGCGUCCCCUGAGUCAUCUCCCAAGUCAUCCCCCGAUGUGAGCGUAGAAACGUCUUCUGAGGUGAAAGUGAGAAACAUUCCACAGAGAUCACAAAUAGACAUACAGGCCUCAAACCGUGUUACCGAGAAGCAACCGUCAUCACACUUACUGUGUUAUAAAUGGGCAUCGUCUGCAAGUGGAUGGCAUCCACCCUCUCCUGUCAGUGCUAACAGGCAAAUCCAAAAGAAUCGGUCCCCAUCGCUUUCACCGGUCAUGUCAAAACAAUCAACACAAUGUUCUCUUUCAAGUAAAAUAAUUCCUGAUCACGGUACUGAGUUUACACAAAGUGCAUUAGGUAUUAUUGGAAAGAAAAAAGAGGCUGUUUCUAAACCCACUAAAAGCUCUGAGGCUGUGACCCGAAAGCAUAUGACCUAUGAUGAGUCUGGUAAUAAAAGUACACAAGGGACUAUGAAUGCCAAGGAGGCAACAAAAAUUUUGGCAGAAAAACGGCGCCUUGCUCGUGAACAAAGAGAGAAGGAAGAAAGACUACAAAAAGAAAUGGAGCAAAGGAAAGAGAAAGACAUGGCAAAGAAAGCAGCUGACGACCAAGAAGAAGAGUUCUCAAAAUUUAAUGAUAGGCAACAACUAAAGGAAAUGGAAAAGGAGACAGAAUGUCAGGAUCAAGAAGACCAGAAAAUGUUACAACAGAAAGGGGAUGCCAAAAUAAAAGCUCAGGAAGAGGCCGAGAAACGCAAGAAGGAGCGGGAAAGAAUUAUGUUACAGAAUUUACAAGAGAGGUUAGAAAGAAAAAAGAGAAUUGAGGAAAUUAUGAAGCGGACGAGAAAGACAGAUUCAAAUGCCUCAAAGGCUGUGGAAACAUCCACCAAGGACAUAUACGAGGAGGACGAGGCAGAUGAUGAGGACGAGUCAGAAAGUGAUGAUGAGGAUUCCUUCGAUGGCUUACAUCCAUCAGCUUUUGUAAAUGGCAUGGAUUCAUUUACAGACUUCAAGACAAAUUUUAGAAAUGUGAAGAAUACCCCCAACCUGGUGUUUUUAGACCCCAGUUCUGGCCAAGUCCAUAAGGAACCGAAAGCAUCUUUUAAAAAAAGUGACAUGAAGAACUUCAGACAAAACGUGAAAGACCCUUUGGCUAAGGCCAAGGGUACCAGACUAUCUACCAAAAGAAUGACCAAUCAAGCAGCAAAAACCAGAAAGACAAUCGAAACCAGCAACACCAUGGGACCUUCCAAGAGUGUAUGUUCAGGGGCACAGGGAUGGACCUAUGACAAGAUCCUAGAUAUUGAAAGUGAGAGCGAGCCACUUAUGUCCAGUGUCCUUCCUGAUAGCCAAAACCACCAUCUGAAAGGUUCCACGACAUUCCACCAAAGUCCCCAGACAACUUUAGAUAGCCAGAAGAGAAACAAAUCUGAUUCUGCUCAGUCGGAUAUGUAAACUUCGUGCAGCCUGGAAGAGAAUUUAUCCUCCGCUCUGGGUUUCAACUUCCAGGCCCAUCCCCAAAUUUCUCCACCUCUGACUUGAGCCAGGCAAAGAAAAUGACCAUGAAAAAAGGGGGAAAUAUCAAAAAGUCAUUUUAACAGAUCUCGGAAGAUGCUCGUAUCAUCUUGACUCUUGCCCACGAGCAAGGGUUCUGAGUAAAGAGUUUCGUUUUCCUGUAAAAAUCUCCAUUAUCUCUCAUUCUUGUGUUUUCCUGCCACAUGCGUGAGUGUGCAUCAAGGGUGUCUUUAUAAAAUAGUAACUCUUGAGCUUUUAAAAGAAUCUCUACUGAAAGACUAAUUUUCUCAGUAUAUAUUUGAAAUCUUAAUGUUUAUUCUAUUUAAUAAUUACAUCAACAGCAAUUGAAAACUCACAUUUGAUCUUGUAGAAAACUUAGUGGGUUAUGGAAGGGACUCAGCAUUGCUCACAGGGCUUUGUUGGAUGGUUCCUAAUAUACCAAUACCGAAGGGUGCAAAAAAUGGUAAAGCACAUUUACCGUAAUGUAUGUAUAUAUGUGUAUGUUGACCUCUGCCGUAGCCUGCCAGUUGAGUGCACAAGCACUGAUCAAUGCUGUGAUCCUAGAAAGCGUGAUGUUGGAACAGUUAGCAUCUUUUGUGCUCUUGUCAGUAUUUCCUUUUGAACUACAUAAUGGGGUUGGUUUAAAAGUAUUUUUAUUGUGUACGUAAGGCAGUAUUUGGCCAUUGUCUGGCGGGGUAUGUUUAAUUCCUCUAAAUGUUUACUGUGUACAAUCUUUCUGUUUGUGCCCUCACAGUCCUGCCCUUCAGUAUACACUCCGGCUUGGGGCAGGCCAUCGAAUCCUGCUUAAAACCAUGCACUAAAACUUGAAUGCGGAUUAGUUGUCCUAAUGCUAAGUGAGUUUUCUGAUGAGUCACAAAUAGUUUGAAGUAGGCCCGCGUUCCUUUCUAAUCACCAUUCUUGGGUUAGUAAAACGGAGUAAUUAUUCUUUCUGAUUCCCUAGUUCUUUGCUGUUCAGAGUACUGUACCUUUGUUACCGGUUAGAGCUUGGUGCCUUAGGUUUAAAAGUUAUUUUUAUACACUAGUUCUUUUAUGUAGAAAGCAGAGACAAUCAUCCUAACACAGAUUUGCUGGUAUUUUUCUGCACAAAUGUCACAUGUUGAAACACUAUUACACCUCCAUAUAAAUGUGUGCUCCACGAAAUAAACUUUGCAGGUAAAGCCAAGUUUUCUUUUUAUUACAAUAACACAAAAUGUACUGGUGGUAGUAUAAACGUGACACCAAUUGUUAACCAGGCUAUGAACACAGGCAACUGGCAAGUUCAAGAAAUACAGAGGGUGCCAAAAAAAAAAAAAGUAUACACAUUUUA